CGGGGAUUGCUCGGCGAUUGAUUGUUAAUCCUCAAUGCCGGUGGCGUCAUCGCGCCCGUUGCCGGCUGUCUUUAUAUACCACCACAUCACAUCAACACAACAAUCUAAUCUAUCCCUCAGCACCACACUCAAUUCGAACGUACUCGUUUCAAGCACACUCGGUCUAAUCACACCCCAUACCAAAGCCAUUGAAAAUGACAGCACAAGGCGACGUCACGGCGGAGAUCAACUUCUACCGCGCCCCCGCCGACGGCUCCGCGCCCUUCGUCUACGUGGAGCAGCCUCCAGCCGGCCAACCGCAACAGAACUUCUCGCAGACCACCCAGCAGGUCCCUCUGACCGACAUCCGCGGCCACGAGGAGGAGUACUCCCUCGCCAAGGACGCCUUCCAAGUCUUCCGGGGGGUCCCCUCGGCCAUGAGCUACGCGCAAUUCGACUCGGACGAGGCGAUCCGCGAGAUCUACUACCCGGAAACCGAGCGAUUGCUGCUCGAGCACGUCCCCGGCGCGCGACGGGUGGUCAUCUUCGACCACACGGUGCGCAAGCAUGACCCGAGCGCCUCGCGGCAGCCGGUGACGUACGCGCACGUGGACCAGACCGCGGCGGCGGCGGAGGCGCGCGUGCGGCGGAGCAUCGCGGACCCGGCGGAGGCGGAGAGGCUGGCGCAGGGCCGGUUCCGCAUCAUCAACGUCUGGCGGCCGAUCAACGGGCGGGUUGAGUCGCUGCCCCUCGCCUUCGCCAGCGGCAGCUCCACCGACCCCGCGGAUCUCAUCCCCGUCCAGCGCCGCUACCCCACCUUCACCGGCGAGACCAUGAGCGUCCAGUACCAGCCCUCCCAGAACUGGCGGUACUGGUCGCACGUCGCCGACGACGAGCGCAUCCUGCUGCAGUGCUCCGACAAUCAGCCGGGCGCCGUAGCCCGCGUGCCCCAUGCCGCCUUCGUGCAUCCCCGCUCCCCGGCCGAUGCGAAGCCCCGGGAGAGUAUUGAGGUGCGCGCGUUGGUGUUUGGUUAGGUGGUUGUGGUUUCGCUUGUGAGAUUACUUUUGGGCUUGUUUCCUUGUUGUACACAUACAUAGCGUGGGCUUAGCAUAAUACGAUUGACUGUAUUUCUG